CUUCUUCAUUGAGUUUCCUUCAUCCAACGGACUAUUUUUUCGGAAAAAUAAGAAAAUUGUUAUUGAAUACCGGCAACACUUUUUCUUUCAACAAAUCAGUGCUAUACAAUUCUUGAUGAAUCACUAAAUGGAUUCCGAGGUGAUCAGAUCCUUGGCCCAACCUCAUUCAACCAAGAAAAGUAAAGAGCAUCCUUGGCAAGCUAACCACAACAAAGAUACCUCACAUUUUUAUGGAAGAAGAGCCAGCUUAAUAGAAGUUGUUCAGGACCCUUAUGAAAUAGAAUAUUGUUACCCUAUCGAACAUCCAAACCCACCAAGUAUCAAGCCCACCUCAUCAUUAUCAACCCCUUUAGUAGCGCAACAAAAGGAAUACAACAGAACAAUUGAUGCUGCUGAGAGAAUUAAAUUUCUUAAUGAAAUAGAACAGGCGCGGGAAGAUCUAGAAAAAUUUAGAAGAAAUAUGGCCGGUUUAGUGAAGCAAAUGGACAAUAUGACUGUAGAUCUGGAAAAAUCAAAGGAUAGAGUAUUGGAAAUUGAUCAAGAUUUGACAGCUACGCAGGAGGUCAAUGUCAAUCUUCAGGUUUUAUUAGAGAAAGCAGUUAAGACGCAGAAGGAAUCCGACAUAUUUGCUACUCAAGCUAUAAAGAGCAUGUAUUCGGAUCUAGCUUCUGUCAUUUUUGAAAACAAUCAACUGCAAGGAAGACUAAAGUAUAUUGAAGACCAGCAGAAAAACCAGAAAGGAAAUGUUCAUGAUAUUGUGAAAAGAAUGAAUGAAUAUACACAAAUGCUUGAGCAGGCUCAAGGCACCAUUCACAUGUUGCAGGAACCCAGAUUGGUAAAAUUAGCUUCCAUAGCUUCCUCAUCUUCAGAAACGACAUUAUCAAGGCGAACCAGUAUUAUUUCGGACGGAGAUUUUACUUCAAUAAUAUCUAAUUCAACAGAUGUGGCUAAAGAAAGUUCGCAACACGACAUAAAUUCCAACCAACCUACUAUUUUGGCAAAUGGUCGGAAACAGUCUUCAUCAUCUUAUAUGCAAACAUCACGCCCCGUCUCACCAUUGAUAAAGCCACAACAAGGAUUGAAAAUGCUAUUUAAUAACAACAGCGGUGACCAACUGGGUUUGGGUUCAAUAGCUCAACGACGAUUUUGAGCCAAACUAACUAAUGCAACACUAUUUACACAUAUUCAUGCUUUUAUAAUAUACCUUAACAUAAUGUAGAAUUAAAAAAAAAAACACUACUACUUAAACCCAUUAUUUCUGUAAGAACAGGAUUAAACACAAUAUUGUUCCUGAAUUCUCCUUGAUUUGCAUGGAAAGCUGAGUUUUCUUCGUGGCUUUUCGCUCG